CCCAAUUUUAGAUACGCGCGUCCUGCAAGCUUUACGUUAUUAUUGUGCCCAUGCCUUAAAUUUGGCUUACAGUUUAUCCUGCCUACGUUGAGAAUAUAUUUAGACCUCAACAUUACUGUUUUUGUGUGAACCCAUUAAAUUGAGCCAUGACUUCACUUUUGGUUACUACCACAAGUGAAAAACAGGUUGAUGCCGCUAUUGUAUGGGAUCCUUUGGGAGGAAAUCCAGUCGCUAGUUUAUCUGGUGAUAUGGCUUUAAAAUCGUCUAUCACUGGGUAUUUCGGAGGUGUGACUUGUGCAGCUGCCAAGAAACCUAUUAUACAAACUUGGAAUUUUAAUAGUGCUACUUCAGCACACAAAAAUAUUUUGACGAAAGGACUAGUUAGUGCUUACGUCUUCACCCCCGAUGGAAAUUACAUUAUCAUUGCAUUCGAUAGGGAAAUUUAUGUAUACCAGACUGGCAGUGGGUGCCUUAUGGGUGUUUUGGAAGGAUCUCACUCAGCAAGAAUAUGUGAAAUGAAACUGUCUAAGUGGAAUUCAAAUGGACCGGCAUUUCUUGUUUCCACUGAUAUAGCCGGAUUUCUAGCUUGUUGGUCUUUGGGGAGUCUUAUCAACGGACUGAGCACGAUGAGUGCGCAGGGCGCUACUGAAAUCGAGAUUCAUCCAAAUACCAACUUGUCAAAUGUCAAACAUCCUCCUCUCUGGUAUGUUAUUCAAGCAAGUACUGGUCAUCCUGUAUGCGCAGUCAUGGAGGAUAUAGUUAUAGUGGGCGGUUCACAAGGCCUUAAGUUAUAUUCUUUAUACGAUGGCAGUGUUUUGGGAUCGUUACUCACAAACGUUUCUGGUGGGUUGUUAAGUCUUUGCCCUUCGCCCGAUAACAAUGGAAAUCUAUAUUGCGGUGGAAAUGAAGGUUUACUCUACACAGUUUAUCUACAAUCUCGAACGGGUUGUUAUUCCGCAGAUAAGGAAAUUCAUCGUUGUUUCUCUGACUCCAGUUUUUCAGCUUCACAAAAGGCAAUAAUUAUGAUGGCGAUGGAUCCUAAUUGUGAAAUGUUAGUAGUAGGUGCACGCUUUGGGCUAAUCGAAAUAUUACGACCUGACUCAUUACUCACUUGCAUACAGAGGUUCUCAGUAUUCAAUCCGUCUAUAACAAAUAAUCCAACAAAUACAUGUUUAACAGGCUUGUGCCUAAUACCUCGCCCUGAUUGGUUAUCUGAUACCAUUGGAAUAGAAUCAAUUGAUUCUAAAACUUCUUCAAAUUCUGAUCACGCUUUAUCUCAAAAUGGGAGUUUGAACGCUUCUAAUCCUCGGACAUGCUUUAUUGAACCAUUCAAACGCCACUUUGGCUGGAGACUUGAUGACACAGUAUAUGUCCGCAUACCUGGAUCAGCAGAGAAGUUCAACUGUUCAUCGGAAGAAGCAAGCAUCUUCAUGGAUGAUUUUUACCCUGCUUCUGGUAUGAGCCAGAUAAAACUUGACAGUAUGGAAAGUGAAGAGCAUAAAGUUUUACGACAAGAAAUCGAUCGUGUUACUGCAUCCAAUCGCGAGCUGCUUCGAAGACUUAUUAAUUUUGAAUUGAGAUCAUCAGUUUGAUUUUUUGUGAAAUGUAUAAAGUACACCGUUUUUUAUGAUAAAAUUGUAUCACUUA